ACUCUUGUAAUUCUGAGUGAAAAUAUAUACUAUUGCUUGCUUAUGUUUAUUCUUAAGUUCUAUAUAUGAAAAGGCUCGAUUAAUUUUACCUUGGUGCAUUAUUUUCAGUAGAAAAUGAAGCCCUUCCUUAUAUAUUUUGAAAUUCAGGGGCUAUAAUAUAAAAUAACUCUUUGCUGGUAUGCAUAUAAAGGUUCAUUUAGUCUUUCAAUUCAUAACAUAUUAACAUUAGCGUCGGGUUUGACGCACCGGAGUCGAACCCAGAAGCAUUAGGGUUUUCCUUUUUUUCCUUUCACAUCUAUCUCUCGUUCGAAGCUCUUCUCCCGCCCAAAUUGCCGUCUCACCCGUUGCCGCCUUGUCACCGAUCGGCGAUGGUUAGUUGAAACCUCGAUCUCGGGAAGAGUGCGCAUGGCGUUCCCUUUCCGGACUCCGACUCCCCGACCUCAGCGGUCACGGCGUUCUCUGUCCCAAACUCCUCGACAGCAAUCGCCUCUCUUCCAAGACCCUCAGACUCAACAGCAGCAGGUUUUUCAGCAGUCACCGUUCCAGUUUGAGAGGCCGCAGACGCAGUUGCGGCGACAGGAGCAGGCAACGAGGACUGCCUCGCAGAAGCAAUUGUUGCUUUAUACGAAGGAUAAAACGUCUGCUGGAUAUAAUACCCACUGGGAGGAUCUGCAUCCUGUCUCGCAAAAACUUCUCCUAAAGAUCGAGGUGUGCAUUCUCAAGCACAAGAAUGAGAGCCAGAGGCUGGAUCAGUGCAGUCGACUUUAUGAUUCAUCAGUAUCAGGUGACAGUUUUGAGGCCAAUUCCAGUAGAAUCAUUCAGGAACUUGGGCUUAUCACUACCACGAUGGAAAGAGAAAAAGUUUCUAUUCAAGAUCUAAGAUCCUCGACAAACAAAUUAAUUUGGGACACAGAAUUUGCUAUUCGGUCUUAUGUGAUGCUAAAGUCAAGGUUUAUUUGCCAGAGUGUCACAACAGCUUCAAAUGUUGCCUCUGGAAAUCCAAAUACUGAAUUGGGAUUGGUUUCCAAGCAAACCAACCAACUAGCUAAUUCCUCUACUGCACCAGUUUUUGAUUUUUACAUUGGGAUUCCCAAAAGACCAUCUAUUUUUAUGGAGCAGAUAAUCACCAAAUUUGAGAAGUAUCUGAGUGAGUGCUACCGAUGGAUUGAAGAAGUACAACAGCUAGUAAUGAUGGAAAAUGGUAGAAGAGGUUCAAAUGCCCUGGAAUCUUUGCCACAAGUCAUGUCCAAUGUCCAUGAUUUCUUUAUUCAUGUAGCUGCAAAGGUGGAGAGCCUUCACCAGUAUGUUGAAUCAAUGAAGAUAGCAUAUCUUGCUGAUCAUCGAUGUCGAGGUGAUGCAAAUGAUCCGUUUCUUGAGGCCAACAGAAGAGAAACGGCUAAACGAGAAGCUGCUUCUAGAAGAGUUCACCCAACAUUGUAUUUAUCUACAGUUUGUUCACAACCAACUAGGUGUGCUUUCAACAGUUCAGCGGCGCCUGCAACAAACACUAUGCAGCCAUCCAUUGUACCAUCAGCAGCAUUUUCUGGAAACGGGCUUUCAUUAUUUAGUACUCCUUCAGCUCCUGCUGCAUCUUCUGGAAGUGGACAUUCAUUAUUUAGUACUCCAUCAUCAGCUCCUGCUGCGUCUUCCUCUUUCCUCAUUUCAACCCCAACAGCAUCUUCUCCUGCAUCAAACUUGUUUGGCUCUUCUGGUUUUUCCCCUCACUCGACAUCAUUUGGCACUCCUCCACCUCUCUUUGGUUCUAUUCAGGCUUCCGCAGGAUUUGCAACAAGCACUCCAGCAGUUGGAUCCACUCCUGCUGUGGGUAGCUCACUUUUCUCGACUCCUUUAUCUGCAGCAGGUGCUGCAACUGGUCCGGGCGUUCCACUCCCCCCUCGUAGCCGCCGAGCCGGUAACCAGAUGGCAAAUUUGCAGCAUGCAACUGGUCCAGGUGUUAGCGUCGGAUUAUCUAAAUCAUCGAGGCCAAAAUCGCGCACCAGUAGGCGCUAGUCGCAACACCAAGUUUUUUUGGCUUGGCGAUGCAAAACUAUCGGAGGAUUAUCUGGUCUAAAUUUUCUAACAAAAAACGGAGAUCUCUAUUGUCUCAAGCAAACGUAUCACAUUGAUAAUUAUCGAAGAGCAAGUUCCAUUUGAUUUAUGAAGUUCGAGUUAGCCAAAGUAUAAAAUCACUGCAGACUUAACUAUACUCCCCAUUUCUACUUUAAGCGGUGAAUUUUCGUGUGUAAACAUUUUGUGCCUCAAAGCAACGACUUGUUGCUGAAGGCGCCGUGGCUUUGUUCAGUUAGAUUAGUCCGAGAAGUUGGAUCAAGAAAUAAUUAAAAUCUGAGGGAAAAUAUUCGUUAAAUCUUUUUUAGCAAUUCAAAUUAAUUUGUUAUGUAUUAUGCUGAUUCUAG